CUGCAAGGUCGCAUCACAGUAAAUGCUGUCGGAUUGACCAUGUAGAGCCUUUUACAACAUUUUGGAGGCGCUGCGGUAUAGAACUUGAUUUGGCCUCUGCAAGCCUCCAGAGGCUCCGCAAUUUUGUCACACCCCCCCUACGGAGCCUCUGGAAUCCAUUUCCAGAGUGGAAGAAGGGAGUAACGUUGAAGAAAUCAUGGUAGUUGGAUUAGAGACACCGCAAUGGAUUUUCUUUCGUUCACUACCCGUACAGUAGGUGGCGGAAUGCACCUUUAACUUUUGUUUGUGGACCGCCAAUAAUACCAGAGAAGAAGAGGACAUCGCUUAGAAAAUGGGGGCUUGCAUGGCCUUGUGCUCCCUUGCUAGCUGUGCCUCCUGUCUGUGUGGCUCCGCUCCGUGUCUGCUAUGUGGCUGCUGUCCCUCCUCCAGAAACUCCACCGUCACCCGGCUGGUGUUCUCCUUCUUUCUACUCCUAGGGACCCUGGUGUCUGUCAUCAUGAUCCUCCCUGGCAUGGAGGCACAGCUCCAAAAAAUCCCAGGCUUCUGUCAGGGUGCGAGCACCAUACCAGGCAUGGAGAACCAGUUUAACUGUGAUGUCAUUGUGGGCUACAAGUCGGUGUACCGCAUGUGCUUCGCCAUGACCUGCUUCUUCUUCCUCUUCUCAGCCAUCAUGGUCCGUGUCCAGAGUAGCAAAGACCCGCGUGCAGCCAUUCAGAAUGGUUUCUGGUUCUUUAAGUUUCUGAUCCUGGUCGGCAUCACUGUGGGAGCCUUCUUCAUCCCGGAUGGAACCUUCCAUACUGUAUGGUUUUACUUUGGCGUGGUUGGCUCCUUCAUCUUCAUCGUCAUCCAGCUUAUCCUUCUCAUCGACUUUGCCCACUCUUGGAACAAGAUAUGGGUGGGGAACGCCGAAGAGGGCAACUCAAAGUGCUGGUUUGCAGGCUUAUUGUCGUUCACCUUCCUCCACUACGCACUGGCCUUUACCUCAGUGGUGCUGUUCUACAUAUACUACACCCAGCCUAACGACUGCACCGAGCACAAGGUCUUCAUCAGCCUCAACCUCAUCUUCAGCGUCAUCAUCUCCAUCGUCUCCAUCCUGCCCAAAGUACAGGAAGCCCAGCCCCAGUCUGGUUUGCUCCAGGCCUCUCUCAUCUCCCUCUACACCAUGUAUGUCACCUGGUCCGCCAUGACCAACAACCCAAACCGUAAGUGUAACCCCAGCCUGCUGAGUCUGGUGUCAAAUGUCAGCUCCAGUGAGCCCACACCCACCAGUGCCCCAGGACAGGUGCAGUGGUGGGACGCCCAGAGCAUUGUGGGUUUGGUCAUCUUCCUCUUCUGCACUCUCUAUGCCAGUAUCCGUUCGUCCAGCAACACCCAGGUGAACAAGCUGAUGCAGACCGAGGAGGGCGGGAGUUAUGGAGGAGAGGGCGAGGUAGGGGAGGACGGUGUGCGAAGGGCCGUGGAUAAUGAGGAGGAGGGGGUCACCUACAGCUACUCCUUCUUCCACUUCCACCUCUGCCUGGCCUCCCUCUACAUCAUGAUGACACUCACCAACUGGUACAAGCCUGACACCACCACCCAGGCCAUGCAGAGCAGUAUGCCAGCUGUGUGGGUGAAGAUCAGCUCCAGUUGGCUGGGCCUGGGCCUCUACCUCUGGACCCUGCUCGCCCCUCUCAUGUUUCCCGACCGAGACUUCAGCUGAACAGCCCCACAUGGUGUCACCAUGGGCUUGUAAGAUGUUGUGUGGAAGUUUAUUAUAUAUAUUUUUUAAUACGAGUCAGCAUUUUUGCAUUGGUCUCUGUUGGUGUGUUUAAUCUUGUUUUGAUUCAUUUUAUUUGACAUGUUAGGUCUUCUAUCUACCAUGGCUGUGUGGGGUAUGAUUAUCACUACAUUGUUAGGUAUUAUUGGACGCUUUUAAUAUCCAUACUGAGAAUGUUUUAUUGAUUUAGCCAUUCAAUUAUUUUAUUUGCCUAUAUGCAAAACUGCACUUAACUCUGUAUACCUUAACACAAUCUUCUGAGAUGAGCAUUGGUUUGUCCCUGAAUGCACAUGAGUGAACUAUAGCAAAGACUUGAUAACAGGCACUUUUACAAUAAUAUAUUAGUUGGGAUUCCCAUGUUGUUAAAGUAAGCCUGGUUCCAGUUGAUUGUAUUUGUUUUUAUUAUGGAUCCCCAUUAGCUGCUGCUUUGGCAGCUACACUUCCUCUUGCUGCUUUGGCAGCAGCUACUCUUCCUGGGGUCCAGCCAAAUUAAGGCAGUUAUACUUUUUUUUUUUAACAUUACACUACAUUCACAACAAGUGUGUGCCCGAGGUUGGGGAUUCCCCCUCAUUGGCUGAGCUCCCGCAGUUCUGGAGCUUUAAGAGUGACCCUCUCCAGAGCCCUAGAGAGACGAGGGAGAUAAACCAGGGGGGCACACCCUCGAGGGGGUUCUCUGAGUCUGAGCCCUCUUACUGAAAUAAUGUAAUAUGUACACAUCCUGAUUUAAUGUUCACUGGACUGUGAAGUAUCAACCUACCCCCUGCUCUUAACUACAUAUUUCUGAACCCUGGAGGUCAGUUGUAAUACCUCCUACCUACCCCACCCUAAGGCUUAGCUCUCUACCCCAACUAUGCCUGAUUCACGUAGGGCCGACCUGAAACGUACUGUGCUGGUUCAGAUAUUUUCUUUUCACAUGAUCCUUUCCAGCACGGUUAUAGAAACUAUGGUGGAUGCAUAUUCAGGGCAGUACAGCUCAGACUUGGUUUGGCUCAGGAGUGUGAUAAUGGUACUACAUGUUAACUCGAAAUGACACAACGAAAAGGUUGCAGUUUAACAAAGUUUGCUAUACCGUAUGAACACACUACAAGGUACCCAUUACACUCAAGUCCAUCAACCACCAGACUUCCUGCGCAUGCGCACUAUUGACUGCGUGAUAGCCCCGUAAUAACAGAAAUAUAGGGAUACUUAAAACAUGAAUUUAACACUACAGUGCUCUCAACCCCAACCAUAGCCCAUUUAACUCUGGUGCUACACCAUGCCCUGUCCCUAAAGACAUCUGUGUUUCUGCUCUAUCUCUAGCUCUGUUUCUGGGUGUUCUAUAGCCAUAGUCAUGGGUCAGUGCUAGUACAUGCUUGUAUCUGCAGUGAGGUGAUGUAUUCUGAGCCGAUAGUGUCAAUCUCUUGGGAGCAGUUUCUCGGACACAGAUUAUUUUAUUUCACCUUUAUUUAACCAGGUAGGCUAGUUGAGAACAAGUUCUCAUUUGCAUCUGCGACCUGGCCAAGAUAAAGCAUAGCAAUUCGACACAUAAAACAACAGAGUAACACAUGGAAUAAACAAAACAUACAGUCAAUGCAGUAGAAAAAAUAGAAACAAAGUCUAUAUACAGUGAGUGCAAAUGAGGUAAAAUAAGGGAGUUGGGGCAAUAAGUAGGCCAUGGUGGUGAAGUAAUUACAAUAUAGCAAUUAAACACUGGAAUGGUAGAUGUGUAAGUAGAGAUACUGGGGUGCAAAGUAGCAAGAUAAAUUAAUAAAUACAGUAUGGGGAUGAGGUAGAUGGAUGGGCAGUUUACAGAUGGGCUUAUGUACAGGUGCAGUGAUCUGUGAGCUCCUCAGACAGCCGGUGUUUAAAGCGUAGUCCUGGACUUGAGAUUUUCCAUUGACCAUGGUUUUUAGCCUCCCGGGCUAGGCUUAAUCUGUGGCUGGAAAACUCCCUUGAAGUCUACAGGGGUUUAGGUGAGGAAGUGGGAUUCUGAACCUCACUUCUGCUCUGAGAAAUGCCAUAUGUUGCCACGAUGUUACUGAGUCAGUUAAUUAAUCAGUCAUUGGUGUACAGCUCUAUAACAAUGCAUUUCAAGAACGAUAUGUUGGUGUUCAAUGAUUUAAAUUGUUAUAAUUCAAUGGAUAUUGCUUUCAAAUUUGAUAAUUAUGAGUUGUUGCACAUUUCAUAAUUUCAUGUCAGAUUAUUUACCUCUUAAUGGAUAUGAAGUUUCCCAAUGUGACUGAAAUAAGAUCAAUAUGUUUCACUCAUGGUGAAAAGAUUGGUGUACUUAAGAGAUGUGAAAUGUUUAAAUGGGGGUCUAUUGAAGAAUCUUGACUGAACUAUACUAAUUAUAAAAAUACAAUAUUUAACCUUUAUUUAACUAGGCAAGUCAGUUAAGAACACAUUCUUAUUUUCAAUGACUGCCUAGGAACAGUGGGUUAACUGCCUUGUUCAGGGGCAGAAUGACAGAUUUUUACCUUGUCAGCUCGGGGAUUCGAUCUAGCAAUCUUUGUUACUGGCCCAAUGCUCUAACCACUAGGUUACCUGCUGACCCAGUACAAACAUUUGAGUAUUGUGAAUUUGAUUGUUAUUGUUUAAAAGUGAAAUUGAAGACCAUAAUUAAAUUCUGAUAAACAUUAAAGUGUACAGAACAUGUUCCUAAUGUUGAGUUGCCCACCUUUUUGCCCUCAGAACAGCCUCAAUUUGUCAGGGCAUGGAAUCUACAAGGUGUUGAAAGCAUUCCACAGGGAUACGGACCCAUGUUGACUCCAAUGCUUACAACAUUCCAGUUGGCUGGAUGUCCUUUGGGUGGUGGACCAUUCUUGAUACACACAGGGAAACUGUUGAGCGUGAAAAACCCAGCAGUGUUGCAGUUCUUGACACUCAAACCGGUGCGCCUGGCACCUACUACCAUACCCCGUUCAAAGGCACUUCAAUCUUUUGUCUUGCCCAUUCACCCUCUGAAUGGCACACACACAAUCCAUGACUUAAUUGUCUCAAGGCCUAAAAAGCAUUAUUUAACCUGUCUCCUCCCCUUUAUCUACAUGGAUUCAAUUGGAUUUAACAGGUGACAUUAAUACGGGAUCAUAGCUUUCAGCUAGAUUCACCUGGUCAGUCUGUCAUGGAAACUCAGUGUAUUGUACAGUAUAUGUUGCAUGUGAGCAUAAUGUAUUAUGGUUCAUUGCCCAUACAGAUGAAUUAACCCAAGCAUGAUUUCAAGUGAUGAUCCUUCAGUAUUGAAUGAAGAAUUAUCAAGUGUGUUUUUGAGAACAACAUUGAGUGCCUUUUUAUAUUAAUGCAUUUCAAAAAGAGCUACUGGUAUAUACAAAUUCAAACCUGCACUAACGUGGCUUCCACAUUUUGUGAUGGCGAGACAGCAUGUCACAAGGAGUGUCUCAGCUAAUUUCAUAGUUUGGUUAUAUAGGUACAGUAUCUGCAAAUUCUCUUUUUCAAUAAAAUCAUCAACAUAAUCCCAUGAAGGUAUUAAAAAAUAUCAUCUUUAAAAAAUAUCUUUAUAGUAUACUUUCUAUAAUAAGUUCUUCAUAAUUGCAGUAAGAUUAGUGCUCAUGUUGCCCACUAGGUGGAACUGAAGUUCCUUAAAUAUUGUUUUCCAUAAUGUUAUCAGAACCCAUACUACACAGGAGACUGCAUGCAGUACACUACAGAAAUGUUAUACGGAUAUUUUCUAAUCAACGGACGGGUUGCUCAGAGCUUUACCCUGUGCUCUGAGAAACUUGAACUGCGAAGAGUGAACGUGAUGUGACCAAUAAACCCUGUCCUCUGGA